AUGAAGCCAUUAGAACAGGCCUCCAAUGUGAUUCAUGGCAUUGUGUCGGACUCUACAGGCAAUACUGACAAUGCAACCGUCCUGGAUGUCCACACAGCUGACGCUUGUAGUCCUGUCAGUACUGCGUUCAGGUUGGAGAAUGGAAGCAGAUAUCCCAGCUGCAGGGAUGUGAACGAGGUAGCAAAUAGUCUGGGUGGACACUUCGUCGCAGAGCUUCUAGACGGUAGCUUAGUUCUGAACAGUAGUGAUGGCGAGAUUUCAAACGUGAUACUAAGCGUCUGCAUGCAACCAUGCAUGAAGCCGAACGCUACGAACACAUCAUACCAUGACCAGGUAGACAUCCUUAGGGAAGACGAAUUGUUCUUCCUGAUAGGAUGUGGAGAUACCCCAGGACACAUCCAAGUCAAUGGGUCAGCAACAAGUGUCAGCAGCUUGGAAGCCUCGUCGGAGAUGGAGGGCUGGCUUUCCGGCCACAAAGACGUGUGGACGAAGGUUUGGCUCUGUGUAAACCACACCACCCAAGAGGACUCGAAACGUGUCCACAACACGGAACUGGAGCUGACAGUGUCACGUGCCUGCCUGUCAGUGGCGUUGUCUCUUGUUACUCUCUGCCUGGCGUUUCACAUAGCCUUACCAGAACUUCGCCGAAAUGCCAGCGGUGUGAUCUUCAUGCACCAGUCAGCUGCUCUGUGGAUGGCUAUCCUACUAGAUCUGGCAAAUAUCAUAGUGGGAAAUGAGAGGACCCUCUUUUCGUGCGUCUUCAUCAACGUGCUCCUGUCAUUUUUCGUGAAAUCCGUCUUAUUGCUAGCAGUAGUGCAAGCUCUUCAUCUGCACAGACACAUUUUUGACGGCCACAAAUCACCCAUCAGUCAUUACGUUCGCAAAGCUACGUUAGCAGCCUACGGUACUUCGGGAUUGAUAACCCUGCUCACUAGACUUGCAUUGGGGUUCGACCUAGGAACACCAGAUCAUCCUGGGCCGGCAAUGCCAUCAAGGUGCCAGAAAGAGCUUGCACUGGGAGAUAUUCUAAGCGCCACCAUACCGUUUCUAUUCAGCAUGCUGACCUGUGGGGUUAUCUUCGCACGCAUCAUGCACAGAGCAAGGGCGCAGGCCUCCAGGAAACAGCCAGCACAAGACGUUGGCUUUCUGCACCACGUCCACCAGGCGAGAGUCGCUGGGUCGACGUUCUUCCUGGUCGGCUUGGCAUGGAGCGUCAUCUUCGUUCUGUUCUGUUUGACAAUAGCACAGGCGAACCUGUUGUUCAUGUCACUCAUCUCGAUAAUGGGAGUGGCAACCUUUCUGCUCAAGAUUCUGCUAGACACAGCCUUUCAUUUGGCGCUGCGCAAGCGUUAUGCAAGAUGGCACACGGCGAAUGUUUCCAUUUUAGAGCGAAGCCCUCCACCAGCUGCAUGUUGCUCAACGCCAGUGAAAAACAGUACAGUGACAAAUGGAUCUGCUGACGCAUAGUGUCGUUGAGGUGUUUGUUUCUCGACGGGUUGAGGUUUCUUUGAAAGUAACAGUACCCAGGUUCAGACACAUCUACAAGACAUCCAUCGCCGUCUGGGCUGUUGCUACCUCAUUGUAACUUAAUGUAAGGAAAUUCACGGUGCGAAAUAUGCCUGCUAGUCACAUUUUGAUUGCAUAACGCUGCAUUAACACGGCUUCUGAGACGUGUAGACUCAUUGUCGAUUCACUCCUCUUUUAAUAUUAUUGAGGCUGGUGGCUACCCUGCUAUAAAAAUUGAUAAUAAUUAUUAUGGACUCUUGAUACUCCUAUCGUGGCAGACAGAUGUGAUCGCCAUUGAGCACACAUUUGAAUAGCAGCGUUUUGUUUCCAACCUUUCCCCCUUUCAACUCCCUCAACGGAUUUGCAUGUAUGGACAUCACACUUCCCAUACUUGGGACCUUUAGACUACGUUUGUCACUACUUUAGUAUCACGUGAUCACUACCCCAGUAUUACUUUACCACUAUUAUUUUUAGUAUCACAGUUCAUCUGCAUGUCAGUCCUACAUUUUUUUGUCGUCGUAUAAUUAUUAUGUACGUUGACGAGUCGGCUUUCCUGCACACUGCUAGUGCUAAACUUGCUUUUUGUUCUUGCCUGCUGCACGUACUGCACAUGUAUGUACCCUAUAUGCAUGAAAAUACAAAACAUAGUACUUUGGCCGAAAGGCGGAUAACACU